AUGACCAUCCUUUUCCUUACUAUGGUUAUUUCAUACUUCGGUUGCAUGAAGGCUGCCCCCAUGAAAGAAGCCAACCUCCGAGCACAAGGCAGCUUGGCCUACCCAGGUGUGCGGACCCAUGGGACUCUGGAGAGCAUGAAUGGGCCCAAGGUGGGUUCAAGAGGCCUGACGUCCUCGUCGUCGUUGGCUGACACUUUUGAACACGUGAUCGAAGAGCUGUUGGACGAGGACCAGAAAGUUCGGCCCAGCGAGGAAAACAACAAAGACGCGGACAUGUACACCUCCCGGGUGAUGCUCAGCAGUCAAGUGCCUUUGGAGCCCCCUCUCCUCUUCCUGCUGGAGGAAUACAAAAAUUACCUGGAUGCCGCGAACAUGUCCAUGAGGGUCCGGCGCCACUCGGACCCCGCCCGCCGCGGGGAGCUGAGCGUGUGUGACAGCAUCAGCGAGUGGGUGACCGCGGCGGAUAAAAAGACUGCAGUGGACAUGUCGGGCGGGACGGUCACGGUCCUUGAAAAGGUCCCCGUCUCGAAAGGCCAGCUGAAGCAGUACUUCUACGAGACCAAGUGCAAUCCCAUGGGUUACACGAAGGAGGGCUGCCGGGGCAUAGACAAGAGGCACUGGAAUUCCCAGUGCCGAACUACGCAGUCGUACGUGCGGGCCCUCACCAUGGAUAGCAAAAAGCGCAUUGGCUGGCGGUUCAUACGGAUAGACACUUCUUGUGUGUGUACACUGACCAUUAAGAGGGGGAGAUAG